AUGGAACCUCUCCCGCCGCAAACUGUCCCCGCUGCUGGCACACCGCUGCCCGCAACUUCGACAGCGGACCCGGCCAUUUCGGCCGCGGCCCCGCCACAGCUGCGACUUCCCCCUUUUUGGCGACAGAACCCUCGGUCGUGGUUCCGGCAAGUGGAGGCACAAUUUGCGCUUCGGCACAUACAGAGCCAACAGUCGAAGUACUCCCGCGUCCUUGCAGGCCUUCCUCCGGAAAUUGCGGCCGAGCUGGAUGAUGUCCUCGCCACAGUCUCGCUUACUGAGGCCUACGACGUUCUUAAGAGCGCCAUUUUGGAUCGCCUGGAAGUUUCUGAACGUGCCCGGUUUCAGCAGCUACUUUCUGAAGAAGACCAUGGUGACCGUAAGCCAUCACAGUUGCUGCACCGAAUGAAGCAGCUGCUCGGAGCAGCCAGUCAGAGCCAGCAGCCGCUCUUGCGGGAAUUACUGCUUCAGCGUUUGCCGCAGGCAAUGCGCAUGGUUCUGGCAGGAUCCGAAGACCUCAGCCUUGACAAGCUUGCUGCCUUGGCAGAUCGGAUCGCAGACUAUUCUGCGCCUGGGCAUCCGCCGGUGGUGGCAGCGGCAACACCAGCUCAGCCUUCACGCUUAGAUCACAGCUAA